UCGCUGAGGAAAACGAGAAUUUUUUAAAUAUUCAGUAAAACAUAUGGUAAUUAAUUGUUGAAAUGAAAUUGUUAAAAUAAUUUAAAUGUGUAUAAUUUUAAAGUAAAUUACCUGAUAUCGAGUAAAUUGUUGAAAUUCUUUUGCGAGCGAAUCUAUCGCUGCGCUUUUGACCACACGGGGAGCUGAAAAAAAAUAAAUAUAGAAGUGAACAAAGUGAAUAACUUUUAAUGUAGUUUUGUUUAUUUAAGAAAGUGAAUAUAAUAAUAUCUUAAAGCAUGUGUGACACUGAAGUCGCAACAGUUUUAACACCUACCCGUGAUGCGAACGAUAUCAACGGGUUAACAUCCAAUAGAAUGACCUCGAAAUUAACUCCAAGUCAGCAACAGUCUUUUGACACGAUUUCUGUCACAUCAGAAGCAUCUUUGUCCUCCAUUGAUCAGACUGAUCACCAGCAGUUACAUCAAACAACGCAAUCGCUGUUAAUGACCAGUUCAAUGUUGACUGGUGCUGUUGACCGUGCUGCAAGCACACAUUACCAUCCUGGUCGACUCUUUGGCUCUACAGAAUCUAUGAACAGCGACGUUCCGACAACUUUAGCUGCAGUUAAUACAAUCAAAAUUAAUGUGGAAGAAUUACUUAGGGAAAAUCAAGCACUGCGAGAAAAUCUUAAAGAAGUGACAAUUGAUCGCGACCGUUUGCUUUGUCAAGUGUCAAGUCUACGUUUGGAAUUGGACAUGGCCGAGUUGAAGCGUCUGCCAGAGGAAAUGAGUUUUCCUCAAAAGCCAAUUGAGAGAAGUGGAUCCAUUCAAUAUGGAAUUACGGUACCAACGGGCUCAACUUCCUCCGGUUCUACACUGUCAACGGAAAGUGGUGGUUAUGUAUAUUUACAACAGCACUAUUCUCCCUCAACAUUAUCAAAUUCUUCCACCGCUAUCAACUAUCCAGUUGGUCAGCAACCACAUAUGAUGUAUCCGCAGCAACAAUCCCAGCAAUAUCCAACGUGCCAUCAACAGCAAUUAAUUCACCAACCAAACAGUAUGUCUUCUGCUAUACAAUAUGGGCAUCAACAUCAUCAUCAUCACCUUAUACAUGGCCAUCAUCAUCAUCAUGGUGGAGCUGUUGUUAUUGCUGGCAGUAGCAUUGGCACGGGAUUUGGUGGUAAUGGUCAAACACAAACCAUCCAACAAAAUUUGCACAAAAAAAAUUCGAUAAGAAAUGGUGGCGAUGUUUUAAAACGUUCUCGAGCACAAACGGCGUAUGAACUCUCUCAAGAUUUACUGGAGAAACAAAUUGAGUUGUUAGAACGUAAAUACGGUGGUAUACGUGCUCGAAACGCAGCAAUUACAAUUCAGCGAGCGUUUAGACAUUAUAUGAUGGUGAAGAAAUUCGCCUCGAUUACUGCAAUGGCCAAAGCGGAAAAACGUUUAAGUCGUCGCAUGAUAAUAGCUACUGGUGAUGACGGACCAACCUCAAAUUCAUCUUUAUCUUCAGCAUACGGAAGUGCCACAGAAUCUCAGUUAGAUGUAUCCCAAACAUCACAAAGUCAACUACAACAGAUACAGCAGCAACAGCAACAAUCACAACCACGCGUUACCAUAAUGGCUGGUCCGCCAAUAGGUUUGGCUUCGAAUACACCUUUAGCUCGUGCACCUCCAACACGUUCAUUAUCUAUGCGCGAACGACGUCAAAUAGAUAGUAGCCCAAUACCACGUAGUCAAUCAGGUGCGUCAUCAGUUUCAGUGGCCAGUGCUUCCUCAGGACCCUCAACGGUAUUGAGUUCAGGUGGGACUCACCCUCAUGUUAACCUUUUACAUGCUGCCGAGCCCCAUUUUUAUAGUGGGCAUCAUAUAUCAGGAGCACAAACAACUCCUUAUUAUACAGGUUAUCAGGGUUUAACUCAUGAUACAAGUUUCGCAAGCUCUGCGAAUAGCUCUCAGAUGGAUUCAUCUCUGAACAUUUCUUGGGUGAGUGCCUCACCACAUACUCCAUAUUAUUCUGCAGCGCAAAUAUAUAUGCGUCCUAAAGGAUCACUUACGUCUUCAGAACGAAAAAAAAUACCUCCUGAAGUUCCAAAACGAACUUCAUCAAUUACAGCACAACAACAGCAAGCUCAGCACUUAGCAGCACAACAACAGCAACACCAGCAAUUAUUAGUUAUGCGUCAAACACCUCCUCCACCAUCUCUAAUUCGUUCAAAUGGCCUUUGUAAAACGGCUGAGAAUGGAAGUCUUACUUCAGUUCAAAGUUCGGGAAGUGAUUCAAGUGUCACAUCUGCUGAGCGAAUUGCAAACAGUGACCUUGGCUCAGAUCGGUCUAACUCACCUCAUGUUUGGAAACGAGGAGCAAUGAUAAAUAGUUCGCAACAAUUUGGCCAUAUAACGGACGUAUCAUAUGCACAAGUCCACAAUGCUUCAGUUUUAACAGUGGCCUCAGGAGGUAGCGUAAAUGCGACUACGGAUGAUCAUGCAAUUUCAUCUCAUACAAGCGCUGCACAAUAUGAACAACACGAACAACAGGAUCAUCAGCUCGGUACCCCUGCAACAACCCAAAACUAUAAAGUCUCAGAGACAAUAAGGAAACGACAAUACCGGGUUGGCUUAAAUCUGUUUAAUAAGAAGCCUGAAAAAGGAAUAACUUACCUGAUUCGAAGAGGAUUUUUAGAAAACACACCUCAAGGUGUAGCAAGAUUUUUAAUUUCUCGUAAAGGGCUUUCUCGUCAAAUGAUUGGUGAAUAUUUAGGCAAUUUACAAAAUCAAUUUAACAUGGCCGUUUUGAAUUGUUUUGCAAUGGAGUUAGACCUUUCAGGAAUGCAAGUUGAUGUGGCAUUACGUAAAUUUCAAGCAUAUUUUCGUAUGCCUGGUGAAGCUCAAAAAAUAGAGCGUCUUAUGGAAGUAUAUAGUCAACGGUAUUGUCAAUGCAAUCAGGAUAUUGUUGGUCGUUUGAGAUCAUCUGAUACGAUCUUUGUAUUGGCAUUUGCAAUUAUUAUGUUAAAUACUGACUUGCAUACCCCAAAUUUAAAACCAGAACGACGAAUGCGUGUUGAAGACUUUAUUAAAAAUUUGCGUGGCAUUGAUGAUUGUCACGAUAUCGAUAAGGAUAUGCUCUCUGGAAUUUAUGAACGUGUUAAAGCCAAUGAAUUUAAGCCUGGCAGCGAUCACGUCACACAGGUUAUGAAAGUUCAAGCCACUAUAGUGGGUAAAAAGCCGAAUUUAGCUUUACCACACCGUCGUUUGGUUUGUUAUUGUCGCUUGUACGAAAUACCUGAUGUCAACAAAAAGGAGAGACCAGGCGUUCAUCAACGUGAAGUUUUUCUAUUUAACGAUCUAUUAGUGAUUACAAAAAUAUUUAGUAAGAAAAAAUCAUCGGUCACAUAUACAUUUCGUAACAGUUUUCCGCUCUGCGGAAUGGUUGUAUCAAUGCUUGAUUUAUCUAAUUAUCCAUUCUGUAUCCAACUAUCACAGAAAGUGGAUGGAAAAAUAUUAAUAACAUUCAAUGCUCGGAAUGAGCAUGAUCGUUGCAAAUUUGCAGAAGAUCUUAAAGAGUCUAUAAGUGAAAUGGAUGAAAUGGAGACAUUGCGAAUUGAAGCUGAGUUGGAACGGCAGAAAUCCGCUCGUAAUCGUGCUACAGGAAAUUCAGAGAACCGCGAUAGUGGCGUAGCAGAUGUAGAAGUUUGCCCAUGCCCAUUUCAAAAUGUUCAAGCAGGAGAUCAAAUACCUUGCGCUUCAGAUUCUUCACAACAACUUAAGCGUAGUGCGCUUAGUAACAGUUUGUUAGAUAUGCAUGAACAAUUUGGAAAUGACAAACCACAGAGAAGAGGCAGCGUAGGUUCACUUGAUAGCGGCAUGUCAAUAUCUUUUCAGUCAACUACGACAAGUAGUGCUUCACGAGAAAAUGCUGCAGUUAUUGCAGCUGCUGCUAAUGCUGCAGCUGCAAAAAUCAGAUUCAAUCUUCCAAAUGCUACAAUGCCAAAUCCAGGUGGAGCAUGUGCCACAGGUGGAAGUGUACAAGGUUACAGUCAUCCUAACUUGCAUCAACCUCAUUCAGUCCUAAUGCAACAGCAAUUAAUGGUUCAACAGCAAUUACAGCAGCAGCAACAACUGUUGCAGCAACAACAUACACAGUUGCAGAAUCAGUCUCAUACAUCUGGGCAAACAUUAGUUACUGGUCGAAUACCAGGGCGGGAACGUAAAUUGUCUCGCUCGGAUGAAAACGGUCGAUCAACCGAGGUGUAAUUAAAGCAUCCCAUUUUCCAUUUGAAUCUGGAUUGUAAAUUAUGUUUUUAAAUAUUAUUUAGUAUUUAAUUUAAACCUUGAAAUUGAAAUAUAUUAAGGGCUAUCUUGCUCUAGUCUUGGUUUCGUUUUGUCGGGAGAAUAAUUUAUG